AUGCGUUCUAUUCUGGUCGCUCUAGCUGUGGGCAAUGGCACUGGCCCCGAAUUGUUGGCCAUAUUCGAGAGAGUCAUCCUCGCACUAGCAGCACCUUACAAUGUGGAAAUCCAAUUCGUCACGUCCCCGCGAGCUUAUCAUUCCUACUCAACGCUCCUGGCCAUCAAUGACACCGACGUCGUGAGUAGUGAGACCCUCACGGAUGCGGAUCACUACGAAGCCUUCUGUCGUCAAGUAGUCAAUCUCGGAGCAUGUGCGAUAUUUCGAACCUCCAUCAGCGCGCAGGCGCUUUAUAUGGUGCGAGACCGGCUACAAGCUGUGAAGGUGGAGCAUUUCAAAAUGAGCUCAUCUACAUCGAUCCUGCUAGUGCGAGAUCAAGCACAGGGAUUUUACUCUGGUCUGAACACGCUGGAAUCAAACCAGGAGACAGUUUCGCGAUCAUCAUAUUUCAGCAAGAAGGUCUUUGAGGAGAUCAUCAGCUUCUCACUUGGGCGUUCCCGCGAGGUUUGGGGCUCUGAAUCCCCCAUCACGACCGUCACACUGGUGUACAAGUUCCACCUCUUCGACGGGCUUUUCUACUCGUGGGCGAAAGAGUGGAAGGAAUCUUACGGCGUGGAUAUCCAAUUCAUUCAAGGCGACACGAUGAACCGCAAUCUUCUAGCGUUUGGCAUCCAGGGUCACCAGCUGCUGAUAUGCUCAAACGAAUACGCAGACAUCAUGCAGACAAUGCUGCUAGAUCGGUUUGGCUACGGCGCGCAAGAAUCUGCGUGCGCUGAGAACGUUUAUCUCUCAGCCGGGAGGGAUCAGGGUUUAAGCGAGUACCAGACAGCGCAUGGCUCCGCCGACGACAUUACCGGAAAGGGUGUGGUUAAUCCGACGGCAACCAUUCGCGCGGCCGCAGCUCUGCUUGAGCGCCAUGGUGGCUGCCAGGGCGUCCAACACCAAAUGGAUAUUACGCUAGACGAGAUGCGUGCAAAGGACAUCCGGACAUUUGACCAAGGCGGGACAACUAAGACUGAGGCUUUUGUGGCUGCCCUACUGCGAAUGAUCGUCCCCAAUCUUCCCAUAAGCGUUAGUGCACGCGAUCCUUCAGAAGCCAGGAGUCUGUCGUCAGCGCCCCGCCGGGCCAAGUCGUGUCUAGUGGUGAUGGAUUUCCAGAACGACUUCAUGGCGCAGUACAAGACGCCCCGGGUGAUGCAACGGAUCAAAGAAUACAUGCCGCGGCUCGUCGACUGGGCGCGCCGCGAGGGGAUGGAUAUCGCCUGGGUGCGAUUCCUCGGCGACGAGAAGUACCAACCGGCGACAUGGCGGCAGCGCAACCAGAUCCAGGGCCGGCGGGCCUGGUGCAAAGAAGGCAGUUGGGGGGCAGAGAUUGCCAGCUGCGUGCAGGUACAAACGCAUGACCGGAUCUUCGACAAAAAGGCGCACUUCGACCCGUUCCUAGGAGAGGAUUUUACGAGCUACGCCACUGGAUUCGAACGUCUUGUUGUUGUGGGUCUAUUUGCGGAUAUUUGUGUGGACGCGGCGGUCCGAGGCGCUUUCCAGCGGGGAUUGUGGACCACGGUUGUCCGCGAGUGUACGCCCGCGUUGCAUCUACCUGAGGAGCACACCUUUGCAUACAUGCAAGCGGUUUAUGGCUCUGAGGUGGUAGGAAUCGAUCAAUUGCUGUCGACCGGCCCGGUGGCUAAUCUAUAA